UUGCCAUGAUUAUUUUUCUCCUGGAUGGUUAAUCAGGAAAAUCUGCUCCAGUUAAUAUUUUAAAUGGCUAAUAUUCAUAAAGCAAUGCUUUUAGCAAUUAGUACUCAAGCUAUCCUUGCAGAAAAAGGACCAUGUUCUGGAUUUUUCAAUGGAUGUUGUCCAAAUACACAAUGGAGUUCAGAACACGGGACUUGCAUUAAUUGCUCAAUCGGAUAUUUUUGGAUAAACUGCAGUAGAUCAUGUACAUAUCCUUACUUUGGAGCAAGGUGUCAGAACAAAUGUCUCUGUGCUAAACAAUCAUGCAAUUUUGUUGAAGGCUGUUUGAAUGAAAAAGAAAAACAAAACGACAACUGGUCACAACAUAGCAGAGGAGUGGUCAUUCGCUUCACAAAUUCAUUGCUUCAGACCUUGGUAAUUGUUGCUUCAAUUGCCUUAUUCAUUGUUUUGGUAGCCUACCUUAUUCUAGUGAAUACUGAACAACGUACAACAUCAUCAAACAGACCUACUGAAGUCUAUGUAAUUGAUACCUAAACAUUUUAUGCAUAUGACUUUGACAGAGUCGAAACAGUGCAUGACUAUGUUUGCUACCCCUGUAAUUACUGACCUAUAAUAUUUAUAUUGUACAUUAACCUAACAUGUUAUACAAAUAUUUGCUUUUAACUGAAACUAAUGUGAAAAAUAUUAAUGGAAAUAUGCAAAGAGACAAAUUUUACAAAACGUUUCCUUUCUUUUUUAAUUUUGGAAACAUGCAUACAUACUGAAUUUUAGAAUUGAUGUUUCUUUUCUUAUCAAAAAAUCUUGUUUAUUGCAUAGUGAAAUAAGGUCUGAUAUACGACAUCUUUUCUUGUUAUCAUGUAUACCAGGGUUGAAAUACAUGUAAAAGGUCUACUAUAUUUUACUUGUCUUUUAUCAUAAUUAAUAACAUAUUUCCUGAGUUAUUUUCGUUACAAAAACUUUU